GCCUCAGUUUUAGUGACUGCUGAGGAGCCAACAUGUGUACCAGGAUUUCAGUCAGACGUGUUGAUUUUCAAAGUGGCCCGAAAGCACCUGAGACCGCCCAUGACACUGGGCAAAGUGGGCUUCACGGACUGCACAGGCCGCACAGAAUUUUCUUUCAGCAGUGAUGACAGCCGGUUCACAGUACAGACAGACGGCACAUUGAUGGUAAAGAGAUCUGUUUUUCUUCAUGAAGGACACCAGGACUUCUUCAUCAAAUCCUGGGAUUCACAAGGUCGCAAAAUGACUCUUCUUGUCAGGGUAAUGCACCAUGGGCAUCACCAUGAGAACAACCAAAAUGUUAAGCAUCACCAUGGAGACCACAAACACCAUAACCAUCAGCACCACUUUACUGAAGUACACUCAGAGACUGCAGCUGAUCCACAGGUGCCCAUUCUGCACUUCCCCAAGCAUGUUGACGGCCUAAAGAGGAGAAAGAGAGACUGGGUUAUUCCCGACCUCAAUGUUCCUGAGAAUGACAGAGGACCCUACCCCCUCAGAGUAUCUCAGAUCCGUUCUAAUGAAGAUAAAGUAAAGAAGAUCUAUUACAGCAUCACUGGUCCAGGAGCUGAUCAGGAUCCCAUUGGCCUCUUCACCAUGGACAGAGCUUCUGGUACUCUGUAUAUCACACAACCACUGGACAGAGAGAAACAAGCCAAGUACACAUUUCAAGCACAUGCUGUGGCAGAUGGUUCAGUUGCUGAAGACCCUAUGGAUAUUACAGUCAAUGUAAUUGACCAGAACGACAACAAGCCUACUUUCGCCCAAGACACCUUCCUGGGAGAAGUUCCAGAGGCCUCAUCAAAAGAUUAUGAGGUGAUUAAAGUUGUGGCCACAGAUCGGGAUGAGCCAAAUAAUGCCAACUCUGAUAUUCGCUACCGCAUUAUGAGCCAGGAGCCAAAGUUGCCCACUGACUUCCUGUUUGUCAUCAACCCAGUCAAUGGAGCCAUCAGAGUCAAUGCCGGUGGGCUAGACAGAGAGGUAUAGAAUAAUUAGAGACCCUGCAGGCUGGCUGAAUGUGGACAAAGAGUCAGGCCUGAUUAAGGUGAAAAGCGUCAUGGACAGAGAGUCCUCCUUCGUCAAGGACAACAAAUACACAGCACUUAUUGGAGCAUAUGACAAUGAUGAAGUCCCAGCCACAGGAACUGGUACUUUAAUUAUCCAGCUUAUAGAUGUCAACGACAAUGCACCCACCAUUGACGAACGUGAACUCAAAGUGUGUAACAAGAAUUCGGCUUCUCAGCUGCUGUCGGUAACAGAUAAAGAUGGUUCACCAUAUGGUGCUCCAUACAGCGUUUCUUUACAGGGCUUGUCGAAGAACAACUGGACCGCUCGGAUGAACGACUCCAAAACGGGCAUCCUUCUGAAUUUAGCCACUGAGCUGGCCAGUGGAAAGUACACUGUGGUCCUGAGGGUUUCAGACGCUCUGGGCCUAGAGCAGGACAGCACUGUCCAGGCUACAGUCUGCGACUGCAGUGGGGAAGAAGUCAUCUGCAAAGGGCGUGUGGCAGGUGGCUCUGAACUGCCUGUAAUCCUGGGGAUACUGGGAGGGAUCCUAUUGCUGCUCAUGCUGGUGUUGCUGCUGCUGUUGUUUGCAAGACGGAGAAGAGGAGAGAAGAAGGAGCCUCUACUGCAGGACGAUGACAUCAGAGACAAUAUCUAUUACUACGAUGAAGAGGGAGGCGGAGAGGAUGAUCAGGACUAUGAUCUGAGUGUUCUUCACCGUGGUCUGGACAACCGGCCUGAGGUGUUCAGAAAUGAUGUGGUGCCGAACUUCAUGCCAGCUCCACAGUACCGACCUCGCCCCGCCAACCCAGAGGAAAUCGGCAACUUCAUUGAUGAUAACCUGAAGGCAGCUGACAAUGACCCGACGGCACCCCCCUACGACUCCCUGUUGGUGUUUGACUAUGAGGGAGGCGGCUCUGACGCAGGAAGCAUCUCCUCCCUGAACUCAUCGAGCAGCGGAGACCAGGACUACGACUGCCUCAGCGAAUGGGGACCCCGUUUCAAAAAACUGGCUGACAUGUAUGGAGGAGGAGAAGAUGAAAUGCUGUAAAUGUACUAAAGAACAAACAAUAUGGUGGCUGCAAAUAUGGCUUUGUGAAUGUUAAACUGAUAUGUAAACAUGACUAAGCAUACAAGCCAGACAUCAGUCAGCUCACAGAUUUUGUGGCUUAUCUUUCAGUUCAGUUCAGUCUGUUAUCAGUUAACAGUCACUGCUCAGAAGCCAGGGAUGAGUUUGCUUUUUUUUAUUUUUAUAUACGAGUUCCCCAAGACUGCCUGUCUUUUAGAUCCCUGUUUGACUUCUAGGCACUAGAAGUCAAACACUAUUGAUGCUUUAUGGAUUUUGUGCAGAUAUUUUAGCAUGUGUUCUAGCUUAUUGGAUGUGACUGGACAUGCACAAAGAUGCUUGCAGUUGCACUGUAACAUUUGUGUAAUUUUGGCAAUGUAUGGUACUUUUAAUUUUUUCAGUUUUUUGUGGAAUUUGGUUUUUGCUUCAAAUUACUUUGUUUUGUAUUUCUGUUUGAGGAAUGAAAUAACAAAUGAUCAAGGUGAAAUCCAGGUAGCCAGCCAACAUUGCCCUAUGAGGGUGUGGUCAAUGAGUUUUGAAUAAAUGCUUUUUAAAAGG